AUGAUGAGAUACUACGCUUCAAGAAGUCAGCUGCCCUGGCAGCAACAAAAGGAUAUCAAACUAAGCGGGAUCAACCAUGGAGGUCUGGGGCUUAUACAAGCUGUUCCAGACAAUUUUGACGCUGACAUAUCGUCUCAAAAUGGUAAGAUGUCAACACAUUCUCUCGCCAUGCUCAUUACUCAGCCAUCAAAUGCAUCAGAUGAUGACCAGAGCACAAGGGAAUCUAUUCCGAGAAUGAAGAAGUCAGAGAUGUCGAAAGACACAGAUUUUGAGAUUCCGGUACAGCGUUACCAGGGACCAAAGGUAGUUCCAAUGCCGAAAAAAUGCUCUAAGAAGAGUGCUCUUCCACUCAAGGUCCUAUGUGGCGCCAUUCUUUCAGAACGAAGAGCAAAAGUACUUGACCUAGCUUUCUUGAGAGAUGUUACCAACACUGAAGCGUGGCCGGAAUACAAUGGGUACAACACUAGGAUGACUAGGCAACAAGGAGUCUCAAUGCAGCCAAAGACAAAGGCAGUUUAUCUACCUCUUAUUGACAUGACACCAUCCGACCCAGACACAAUCAUGACGGCCCUUCACGAGGCAAAACGGCUGUCCAAAGAAUGA